GUGGCACUACAGCGGCCGUGGGACUCUAGCAGCAGUUGCCGGGCAUUUGUGAGCGAGCAGUCAGAGGGUCAACACGUCUAAGGCUGGCUCCGAGAUGAAGAGACGCCAUCUUUUUAUACUGGGAGCGUGCUGUAUGGUGCUGCUGGUGGUGGUGGCGACGGUGCUGGGAGUGACGCUGAGCGCCAGAAAUGACGGGCUCCUGCCAGAGCGACUGGAGGCGGCGCGCUGCCCGAGGGACUACGGCCGCCGUCCAGUGUUGUUGGUCUCCCUUGACGGCUUCCGAGCAGAUUACCUCAAGAGGGGGCUCACCCCCACCAUUGAGAAGCUGGCCCAGAAGGGGGUCCACGCCCCCUAUAUGUUGUCCUCGUACCCCACCACCACUUUUCCUAAUCACUAUACUAUAGUCACGGGGCUCUACCCGGAGAGCCACGGCAUCGUCGACAAUUUCUUCUACGACCCGGUCCUCCAAGGAUACUUCCGCAAGUUUAAUGGGUCGUGGUGGGGCGGCGAGCCCAUCUGGAACACACUCACAUUCCAGGGGAGGAAGAGCGCCUCGUACUUCUGGCCAGGCGGUGACGCGGACAUCCAGGGAAGGUUCCCCACCUACUGGUUCAAGUUCACUAAGAACACUGACUACGAGGCUCGCGUCCCAAAGGUGCUGGAGUGGCUGAGCUUGCCUGCUGCGGAGAGACCUGACUGGGUCUCCCUCUACUUCGAAGAGCCGGACCACCAGGGCCACGCCACGGGACCCGACUCUUCUGAGGUAGACGAGCAGCUGGUGAGGAUGGAGAAGCAGGUGUCCAGCCUGGUGGAAGGCCUGGCCAAGGGAGGCCUCCUGCACUGUGUCAACAUUCUCCUGGUGGCCGACCACGGCAUGGCCCAGGCGGGGCCCCACAACCUCAUCAGCCUCGACCAAUUUGUUCCAGAGAUCAGGGACCUCGCGGACGUCUUCUUCGGCGCCACCAGCAGGAUCAGGCUCAAGAACGACAGCCAAGAAGCGACGCUUGACCUACUGCGUCGCCUCUCGUGCCAGCUGGAGGGGAUGAGGGUGUUCCGUCCCGAGGACCUGCCCAAGCGACUCCACUACAGCAACAACAGACGCCUCGGCGACAUUGUGCUCGACCUCGACCCCGGAUACUUCGUCAAAGACCUCCGACCCAACAUCAAGUCGCGGCCACCCCUGCAGGGUCUACACGGCUACGACUACUACUACCCCGAGAUGAACUCAUUGUUCGUGGGCUACGGGCCCGACCUCCAGCAAGGGAUGGAGGUGGAACCCUUCCAGAACAUCGAACUCUACAACCUCAUGUGUGCUCUCACCUCUGUUACACCCGCCCCCAACAAUGGCACCUGGGGAGCCCUACACCACCUGUUGGUCGACCCCCCACCCAUCCCAGCACCUAGCCAGGCUGUCAAACCCCCGACUCUUCCUUACAUCAAGAACGAUGACAGUUCACACGAGUCCACCACUACUGGCUGCGAGGGUGACCUCCCCGGCUCUCAGGCGUGGAGGACGCUGCUGGAGCUGACAGAGGCGCAGCAGCUGCAGUAUGAGAAGAGCCACCUGCCCUGGGGAGCCCCGUCCUUGACGCCCUCAGAUCCGCCCUUCAACACCACCGACCCGACGGCGUCCCUCCUCCAUCACCAUAACCACGUCACAGGUUACAGUGAGGCGCUGAAGGUACCGCUGUGGACAAGUUUGACGGUGCAGGAGGCGCCGGUGGAGACGCCCGAGGCCCCCUGGUCCAGCGACCCCCGCCUGCCUCCUGACCACGCUGCCACCUGCCACGACUACCUCACCCUGGACAACCUCACCAUGACGCCCCUCUUCCCACCCAGUAUGGCAGGGCAUGCGGGGAGCUCCCCGACCAGCAACACCAGCUGGCAACACCUGCCGUACCUGGUAAGCAACGCCGUGGCCAUGAGCCCCCAGCUGGCGGAGAGGUGGUGGCAGCUGGUGGGGGAGAUGAUACCCAGGUGGUUCCACAGUCGAGGCCCCAUCAACGUGGUGCUGGGCCCGGUGUUCCAGGCUAAUGACCACGCCCUCAGCGACCCCCGCCACACCUUCAGGGGACCAGCAGUGCCGUCUGACAUGUUCGCCAUAGUGACCCGCUGCAGUGACCCUGUGACCCAGCUUGACCUCUGCCCCCUCCAGAGAUUGGACGCCCUCGCCUUCAUCUUCCCACAGUCUCAGCCAGCCCCCAACUGUCUGGGUGGUAGCCGUUACGCACUGUUGUACAGCGCCAAGGUGCGGGACGUGGAGCUGGCCACCGGGUUGACCUUCUACCCUGACCUGACCUCCAGGGACCGCCUCAGGCUCGUCCUCAGGGUCCACUCUGACCUGUGGUAGUCACCACCUCCGCUGCCUCUCGGUGCUGUCUGGACAAUAGUUGUAAACUAUACAAUGGUGUCAAUAUUGUGUUGUGUGUAUAAACAGCUGUGUUGUGUGUGCGGUGAUGGCUAAUAGCACAGGAAGCACAUUGCCUAAGAGGCAGAACAAGCACGAGUUGUAAGGAAUUACAGGUUGGAAGUCCGAGUGUGCGGUCACACAUCCGAACACCGGCGGUCACACAUCCGAACACCUGGUCAUGGGGCUGUCGGCAGGUUAUAGCACCAUGAUGGAGCCUUCUCAUGUGUGUCUCCGAAACCAUCAAGGCAUCAAAAUGGUAAAUACAGUCUGAAUGUAUUUACUAUUUUGCCCUGAUAUCUGAACUUGAAUACAUUUCACAUGCCGGCAUAAAUUGAGCUGACUUAGAUCAUAUUGCCAUUAUACACAGAUAUGUUGGGGAUUUAUUUACAUUAACUCUCACUAUUUGUACAAAGUAGGACGACAGACUGCUUGGGUAAUGUUACCUGUCCCAAUAACAAGAAGUACACAGCCCCACCAGGGAAGUGAGGUACCAUGGCGACACCUGGACGCUUACAGCGUCUCCCGAGGCCUGGAAGAUGCGACGCCUGAAGAACGCGACGCCAAAACGCUCACAGCGUCUCCCAUAAACAUUGACGAUACCGCUGAGGGUUUACGAUACCACUGUUGCAUGGCAUGCAAAUCAAUAUUGUCCUCCGGUCUCAGAGGAGGAUCGAGAAGAAAUUUUCCUGGACAAUAAACACCAGAAUAAGGCGAGCAGAUUCGAGGCGAGGCGCCGCCAAUAGCUUAGAGGUAAACAAAGAUCAUCCCGACCCCGCGCGGCCCGAGGAUCAACAUCCUCCGCUCAACCAAAGUAAGACGGUUCUGUUGGUUUGAAAACGUUCAUCAUUGCUUUUGAUGACAAUAUAUCCGAUUAUAGGAGUGUGUUAUAUCCGAUUAUAGGAGUGUGUCUGGAAAUAACAGGACGCAAAGUAUCGUAUACCAUGUAAUCCCAAGAUAUUUAAGAUCAAAGUGCACGAUAUCACGCCCAAUAACCGUAAGAACUUUAUCGUAGCGAAGAACUAGUUUUCUGACGUGAUUGACGUCUGAGGAUACACAGUAAGAUGCUAAAAGUCACUAAGUGACAGAUUAACAAAAUAUAUAGUUCGACAUAUUGUAGACAUUAGUGUGACAACAUCAAGGCACAACUUCAGGCACAUGACAUUCCAGUCCUCGGAGUCAAAAGAUGUAUGCGUAGAAGCAAACGGAGAACUGAGUGAUACAGGCGCUGUCCUGUUUACUUUUCUAGACUACAUUCCCCCUGAUCGGAGUUUGGUUUAACAACUUCCUCCAUAAACUAGAGGUGUACCUACCACGUCCCACUCAGUGCUUCAGAUGUAAAGGUUUAAACCAUACCUUCGAAGGCUGCACAAAAGAUAUUAAAUGUGGUAAAUGCUGUGGCUCCCAUUAACCACAAGACUGUGAGUCAGAUACUCAACUAUUCAUAUUCAAACUGUGGUGGCGGCCAUGAUAUUAAAUUCAAACAAUGUCCUUCAUACAUUGCAGCAUAAACUACUAUUAAGAUUCUCCCCCACAAACAACCUGCAAUACAUUAGUGCACUGAAGCAACCUAACUCAGUCCAUCAACAACCACUACCACUCACUCAACCACAACCUGUGUCUGUACCUGAUGUCUGUCACUAACCAUCCUGCACCUCUACAGUCUAAUCCUCUCCCACAAAACUGAGUACAGAUCUUGUUAAAACACUUUCCAUUGGCAUUGAAAGCUUACUAGAAAAGAUACUGGAGCGACUCCUAACUAAAUUCUUCACACAAGUAAUCCAGCCCACACCCGAGACUGAUCUUUUCUAGGCUUUUCUGACCACUCAGCCACAGAGUGGUCAGCGCUACGGAUUCGUAGUCCUGUGGACUGGGGAUCGAUCCCCGGCGAUGGCGGACACAAAUGGGCAGAGUUUAUUUCACCCUGAUGCACUUGUUCAUCUAGCAGUAAAUAGGUACCUGAGAGCUAGACAGCUGCUACGAGCUGCUUCCUGGGGGAAUGUAACAACAAGGUGGGCUGGUCGAGGACCGGACCGCAGGGACGCUUAGCCAAGAAAUCAUCUCAAGAUUGAUACGCAAACCACUCCCCAGACUGACUUGCGUGUUUCGCCACGAGUGGAUCCGAAUCGAUUAGCCAGACGUCAAGAGUCUUGCUAAUGCAACCAUAGCCUUUCUGACGCCAAUCUAAAGUAAACCAAGCACCCUUUGUAUUAGUGGUUAAGUUAGUAAAUAAACUACUGUUAAGCUUUA